UUGAUGUACUUGACUCCCUUGACUACAAAUCCAUCGGAACAGAAUGGGAACAACAUCACGACAAAGAAUUUUGUGAUACCAUGAUGCAGCGUUUGAGUGAUUCUUUUCAGAGGAUUUCUAAGAAAGAUUUCAAGGUUUUUGCAAACAUGAGGCGCGUCCCCUUUACUGAAGCUCCCGUAAUGGUUAACAGGAAUGACUGCGCCUUCUUCUCUAUGAAGUUCAUAGAGUUCUUUGACGGAGAGGAGUCUUCACUUCGCACUUCAAUUGCGCCCGAGAAGUCUGGUGAGCUCCGAUCCGAGAUGCUCCAUUACUUGUUGUUUCACACUCUGAACGAUAUAAAAGAUAUGCCUCCUGAGAUCGAGCGGUUCCGGCUAUCUGGAGUUCCGUUUUAGUUCGAACACAUAAUCCUUAUUUGUAAA